AAACAAAAAGGGUUAAUCUGAUUUAUUAGGCUGAUAAAUUCUUUAGGGUUUGUUUAUUAAUCAGAAGGGUGAAAAAUCUUUUGAGCAGAGUACGUAAACAUGAAAAGGGCAAGAGUAGAAGACGAUUCCAACUCAGUGGACAGAAUAUCCGAGUUGCCACAAGGAAUCUUGCAGCAGAUACUGUACCACCUCUCCCAAGAUGAGGUUGUCCGAACGUCUGUCUUGUCGAAAUCAUGGCGUUACAAUUGGUGUACUCGCCCCAAUCUCAAUUUUUCCGACCGCAGCUUCUUCAAAGGAAGCAAACAAUAUUUUCUAUCUGUUGUGCACGAGACUUUACAACGAUACCGUGAUCAAAGGCUGUGCAUAGAGGAGUUUCACCUCAGUAUAUCGCUAGACGAUUCGGAUCCCGCGUCGGCUUCGCUUCUCGAAAAAUGGAUCCCGACACUCGCAACAACAAAUAAGGGUAUGAAGAAGUUUUGUCUCUCUAUUCGUUCGGAACAAGGUUCGGGAUCUACUCAUCCGCCAUCUGUAGUCUUUAAGGCGGAAUUACUCCAAGAUUUGCGCGUCGAAAAUUUGACGUUGGAUCGAAAGGCUAUUGACCGGAUAAUACUCUUCAACCAUCUGAAAAGGCUUCAUCUUCUAGAUGUCUGUAUCGAGGCGGAGAUUUUUCAGAAGAUAAUCUCGAGAUGCCCGAUGAUUGAAGAUUUGCUUGUCGAAGAGUGUCGGGGGUUAAGAAAAAUCGAGGUGAAUGAUCUUCAUUGUCUCAAAGACUUAUAUUUCACCAAUUAUGAGGUAGUCGAGGGAGAUGAGGAAUGCUGUAGCAUCGAAAUUUAUCCCCCGUCUCUUGAAACCAUCGAUGUGAGUUACGGUAAUCUUCGGCUCAACAAAGGAGCGGUUUUUUGUAAUCUGAAGCAUUUGUAUCUGCGCGGUGUGGAAUUGUUAUUGGACCGCAUGUCGUCGUGCAAAUUCCCGAGUCUCGAAUACUUGGUUAUUGGCUAUUGCAAUGGACUGAGAGGAAUCAAGCUAUUCGUGGAUGCCCCAAACAUGGUUGGUUUUAGCUAUAAUGGAGAGUUUAUUCCAUCCAUCUCUUUCGCAUCAACUUCGAUCGAGUGGAAGUCGAGAAUAUAUCUGCAUUUGCGUGAUGCUCCCUCUUUGUGGUCGGUCAAGCUUAGAAAACUGCUCAAGUCAUUAAGCCAAUCUCAAAUUUUUCUGUGGAUUAAUCAAGAUGAUGAUGGUGACGGUGACGGUGACGGUGAUGGUGACGGUGAUGGUGAUGGUGAUGAUGAUCAGGGGCAAAACACCCCUGGGUCCGCCCCUGAUGAUGAUGAUGAUUAUGAUGAUUAUGGUGAUGAUGACGAUGAGCACAUAAUUCAAGAGAACACUAAUCUGGUACAAGACAAAGGUUGUGAUAAACCUGUUGUGGUCGAGAGACUUAAAAUCGAGUGGUGUUCAUUUAGUGAUAUUCCAUCGCUUUUCAAUGGUGCAUUGUGUGUCUGUCGUCCAAGAAAAAUCGGUCCGUACUACCGCAGCAGUUGGGAGAAAGAAAUGGAGUGUGUGGAGAAGAUUCUAAUGCAAAGAGAAAGUGGAGACGACCAAGACGAUCAACUCAGACAGCUGUGGUUGCAAGAUUUGGAGGAAAUAAGAUUAUCGAAUAUUAAUAGUUCUUCAGUUGUUUAUACCAAUAUAAAAUCGUCGUUCAGUUUAUCUCAAAUUCAAUUGUUCCAACGUAUACAAGAUGGCAUGACAACGGGGGGAAGUCACGAGCCCUACAUGGAUUGGUACAUCGAUCGGACUCAUCUGAAGAUCAACAACCUCGACAUAGGUCCGGCUCAACUGCAUCGAGAGAAUGUGAGGCCACGAGAUCACCCGACUUAUUACCAGAUAGUACGUGCAUUGUACCCGAUCACCAGAAGCACUGGACAAGACUGGAUGCAGCAGUUUGCCGAUCUACGUGCCGACCUUGGAGAUAUUAUACAGCCCGCCGCCCAAUAUAUUGACAUCGACCAGGACAACGACAAUGACGACGAUGACGACGACGAUCAUGAGGUGCAGCUGCCGAGGAGAUCGAGGCGGUAG